GUGUGAGCAUCGAGUAACUGCAGCAGCAGCAGAGCAGCUCGGUGUUUCGCAGCGGAGAGGAGAGGACGACUCAGACUCAGAGGAUAUUAGUGGACUCCAGGAAACAAAAAGCAGCUGGAGGAUAAUUCAAAGAGUCUGCAUCUGCUUGCUGCUGAGCCUGAAGAUAAACACUAUUUCGUGUGUCCCAACAAACUGAGUGCAAUCGAGGCUGUGCUCGGACCGAGGUCUGCGUGUUAAACAUGGGAGACCGGAGAUCAGCGCAGCACCUACUGCCCUGGCUGCUGCUCCUGCUGCUCCUCGCCAGGCUUUCACAGCUGUGGGCCUUCCCCUUCAGCCCGUCCCUGGAUCUGGAUGUCACUCCCAGGACUACUGUAUUCUCCAAAGGUCUGCUGGGCAGCUCCAGUUUCAACGGCUCUUCCCAGAACUACAGCACCCUCCUGCUGGAGGAGGAGGCCGGGCUGCUGUACGUGGGAGGCAGAGGAGCCCUGCACGCACUCAACACCUCCAACAUCUCCGCCGCUGCAAACCUCACGAUUGAUUGGGAUGCUUCCCCCGAACAGAAGAAGCAGUGUCUAAACAAAGGCAGAGACAAUCAGACUGAGUGCUACAAUCACAUCCGCUUUCUGCAGCGAUUCAAUGAGACUCACCUGUACGUCUGUGGAACAAACGCCUUCCGACCUCUUUGUGCUUAUAUAGACGCAGAACGGUUCAACUUCACCUCCGGAUUUGAGGAGGGCAGAGACAGGUGUCCAUAUGACCCAGCAAAGGGAUACACCGGCCUCCUCGUAGACGGUGAGAUGUUCACGGCCUCUCAGUACGAGUUCCGCAGCUCUCCAGACGUACGCAGAAACUCCCCCUUCCCCACGCUCAGGACAGAGGAGGCCCCCACCCGGUGGCUUCUGGAGGCAGAUUUUGUGGGCUCCGUGCUGCUGAAGGAGAGCAUCAACAGCUCUAUCGGCGACGACGACAAGAUUUACUUCUUCUUCACGGAGAGGAGCCAGGAGCAGAUCGCUUACCCGAGCCAGACCAAGGUGUCCAGGGUUGCCCGAGUCUGCAAGAAUGACUGGGGAGGCCAGAGGACCCUGCAGAGGAAGUGGACCUCCUUCCUCAAGGCCAGAAUGGUGUGUUCAGUCCCAGAAUAUGAGCUGCACCUCAAUAUCCUGCGCAGCGUGUUCGUCCUGCAGGGUCGAGACGCUCAAAGCAGCGUUUUCUACGGCGUCUUUGGCCUGGAAUGGAAGAAUAUCAAAGCCUCUGCUAUCUGCCAGUACGCCUUCUCAGAUGUGCAGAAGGCUUUCGAGGGGCCGUAUAUGGAGGUGCAGGACUCAAAGUGGAGGGAGUACACGGGGAAAGUUCCAGAGCUGAGACCUGGAUCUUGUAUAACAGAUGUGCACCGGUCCCAGGGCAUCAACUCGUCUCGAGACCUCCCAGACAACGUCCUCACUUUCGUCAGACGGCACCCACUGAUGGCCAGCCAGGUGCACCCAAUAGGGGUACGCCCACUCAUGUUCAAAAGGAGCGUCAACUAUGUGAAGAUAGUCGUGCACAAGGAGCCGGCGCUGGAUGGGAACAUUUAUACUGUUCUGUUUUUGGGAACUGAUGACGGGUGGCUGCACAGAGCUGUGGACAUCGAUGGAGAAAUGCACAUCAUAGAAGAGUUGCAGCUGUUUGAUAAACCCCAGCCCAUAGAGAGCAUGGUCAUAUCCUCUGCUCUGCGGAGCAUCUACGUCGGUUCCUACUCUGGAGUCGUGCAGGUACCGAUGUCCGCCUGUCAGAGGUACACUUCCUGUUACGACUGCGUGUUCGCCAGAGAUCCGUUCUGCGGCUGGGACGGGAGGCUGUGUGUGGAAAUAUCUUCCCGUGCACAGAGGUCGAACGUAACCCAGGAUAUCAAGAAGGGGAUCAGGGGCUGCAAGGAGAAUUCAGGAAACGUUGUCCAUCGGAGGCGUUCCGUGAUGUCGGGUGACGACGUGCUGCUGCAGUGCGAACUGCGCUCCAACCUGGCAACUCCACGCUGGACGCUAAACGGCAAAGAACUCCAGGGAUACGGCCUCAAUUCGGGCUACCGCAUCGGCAUAGAUGGCCUCCUCAUAAUCGGAGCUCGUGCCCAGCAGAGCGGGUCUUAUCGCUGCUUCGCCGUGGAGAACUCCGUCUCAGUCCUGAUUUAUCUUUACACGGUGAGGGUGCACACGGACGGGUACUUCCCCGUGGAGCCCACGGCCACGACUAACCCCACCACAGUUUCCAGCCCAACUGUUUUCUCCACCAGCAGCCCCACUGAGCAGCCGCUGCCCUCACCUCCUGCCCCGCUGCCUCCGGGAGCGGAGUUCCAGACCUACAGACACAUGGAGGCCGUUUACAUCUCCCUGGUGGCGGUCCUCGGAGGGCUUUGCCUGGUGUUGACUGUGGUGUUGCUUUAUGUGAGCUUCUGCACCAGACGGGCGUCUCGGGACCGAAAGUUCUCCCAGCAGGGGCUGCAGAUCCUGGGGGGCUCUGAGAGAAAGAGGAGCUCCCAUCUGGAACUGAAAACCAUCUCCAGCCACUGCAAUGGCCGCCAGGGUCGGCGCUCCAUCUCGGUGCCAACCUUCGGGGACAUGGGCGACAGCUUCCUCCAGAUAGUUCCAGGUGAGGGCCAGUUCUCGCCGUGCAGAACGCCUCCCCCGGCCCCUCCUCUUCCCAUGCCACCUCCGCUGCCCAACAUGGACUACGCCAACGGGCUGUCGGCCACCCUGCCUAGCGUGCUGAGGAAGAUGAACGGGAACAGCUACGUGCUGAUGAGGCAGGACGACCACGACGGCAUGUCGCCGCUCUACCACUCCUUCACGGAGGAGCUCAACAGGAUCCUGGAGCAGAGGAAACACUCACAGCUGGACCUGCAGCCUGAUGAGAGCUCCAUCUAGGACGCCCCCAUCUCAGUCGUAUUUAUUUUGACCCCUAAAGGUGACCCGUAGCUGCGGGGAGAACUGACUGUUGUAUCAAACGCUGCUGUUAUUUACCCAGUAGGAGUACCUGCAGGUCGUGUCCUCACCUGAUCUGAAAUGUGCAGCCUCCUGUGUCUCCCAUGACAAACGGCCCAUGAUUUCGCUUCAACAGUGGACUACACUGACCAGAGAUUGAUAAUCAAAAAGUGGAGAUGUGAAAAAUUUGGCCACAGACCCGCACUACCGCACUACAAAAUGUCCAUGAGUGGGGAGCGUAGUGAUGCUACCUCGGUGUGAACUCUCUGGAGGCAAAGGUGCAAACUGGGGCACGAAAAUCAGGCCAGGAGGUGAUCACGUAUUUAUGAGACUGUGGAGGUGUUCAGGAGGUUUUUAGUGCCAUGUAAUACGGAGCUUCAAGUGAUACUCCACCCAAAAUCUAUCUAUCUAUCAGCUACUGUUGGAAAGUACCUUUCACCUAACGUGCCCACAACCUGAGAGCUUUUCCCUGCGUGAUGCAAGUUGGACAUGAGGAUGUUCCCUGGUCUGAGGUGGAACAGGUUUCACUCACCUGUAGUCGCAGGAUCAUCACUCUGUAUCACCAACGCCACACAAAAUCCUUCUAUGGUGGUAGUUUCAGUUUUCUGGUAGGCCUCCUCUGGGUUUGGGGCAGAUGUUGGCGGUUCUUUUAUGGGAACAAGAUGCAUCCUUUUGGGAUGAAUUGGCUGGCAUCCCACCUCCAGGUGUGUGUCAUGAGUGGCUAAUAAGGAGGCAUACCCAUUCCCAUUCCUACCCCCAUGUGUGACGUCAGAGCAGUCUCCUCCUACAAAUGCACUAAUCUACCAAACUAAAGGACUACUAUCAUAAGAGUGUUUCAAACAAGGCCAAGCAUCCAACACCUAUGUGAUUAUGUUACAAGAAGUUUCACGUUUUAACUGUGAAAUCUCGUCCAAAUAGGAAUUAAUUGGCAGGCUGCAACUAACGAUUAUUUUCACGAUCAAUUAAAGAGACUUAAUGUAAGAAUCAGAAAUAGCUUGUUAAGAGUGACACCUGUGGCCGUUAAGACAACGACAGUCAGCGCCCUGUUGC